AAAACUAUAUAAAUCACCCACUCUUAGCCAAGCUCUUUUUCGGUUUUCUAAGCCUUCCGUUUCUUUUUUCUCACUCCAUACUUUUCUCUCUAUGCAGUAUUCCAGUUUAUUCUUACUACGCCGGUAACGUAUUCUUCUCGCCGGGAAACCGCUCACUGUUUCUUUCACCGGCGACGAUCCAACUUGAAUUUUCGAGAUUAACUCACUCGUUUUCACAUUCUAUCUUUAUUCUCGAAUCAUAUGUUUCUAUUUUGUGACUCGGCGUUGGUUCUCCGAGUUUGACUCUGUCGCUUUUUGUUUGGCUCGUUUUGAGAGAAUGUGGGGCGGUUGGCGGCCGUUGAAGGCUUUUCUUCUGGUAGGAGGAAGAGAUCGUGAUCUAGGGUUUAUUUUUUCGGAUUUGAUUCGUUUCUUUGGCGGUUUGGUUCCAUUGUUUGCGAGUUGAAGACGGAGGCGUAUAGAAGGCGUCUGCGGAAUGAGAUGCUGGAAGGAAGGGCCUGUUUGUCCAAAGAGGCUAGAAAUGGGUUAUAAUUUCUCAAGCACAAAAGGCUUCAACAAAUGAAAUCCAUCAUUGUCAGUUAGACAGUUGGUGUUACCAACAUGAUGAGUAGAAGCGGAGGAGAUGCUCUGAGGUCUGCGGCAUCAUGUGGUGUGAGAUUUCAUGGUACUGCAGAUUCUUCUUCUCAGUCAUGUGGCAUUUCAAUUGGAAAGGAUGCCUUUUCAAAGCGCAAGGUGGAUAAGUUUGAUACAAGUGAUCUAGAAUGGACUGCAAGAAUUCCGGAGUGUCCUAUAUACUAUCCGACAAAAGAGGAGUUUGAGGAUCCUUUAGUUUAUUUGCCGAAGAUAGCUCCAGAAGCUUCAAGAUAUGGUAUGUGCAAGAUCAUUUCCCCUCUGAGUGCGUCUGUCACUGCAGGUAUUGUACUAAUGAAGGAGAAAGCAGGAUUCAAAUUUACUACUAGGAUGCAGCCUCUUCGCCUCGCUGAGUGGGAUAUUGAUGACAGAGUUACCUUCUUCAUGAGUGGAAGAAACUAUACUUUUCGUGACUUCGAGAAAAUGGCGAACAAGGUUUUUGCUCGUAGAUAUUAUAGUGCUGGUUGUCUUCCUGCGUCAUACUUGGAAAAAGAAUUUUGGCAUGAAAUUGCUUGUGGAAAGACAGAAACCGUUGAGUAUGCAUGCGAUGUUGAUGGUAGUGCAUUUUCGUCUUCUCCCAAUGAUCCACUUGGAAGUAGCAAAUGGAACUUGAAGAAACUUUCACGGUUGCCAAAGUCCAUUUUGCGUCUUUUGGAAACGGCUAUUCCGGGAGUAACUGAGCCCAUGCUUUACAUUGGGAUGUUGUUUAGCAUGUUCGCCUGGCACUUGGAAGAUCAUUAUUUGUAUAGUAUUAAUUAUCAUCAUUGUGGGGCAUCAAAAACUUGGUAUGGCAUUCCAGGUCAUGCAGCUUUAAAAUUUGAGAAGGUGGUCAGGGAACAUGUCUAUACCCAAGAUAUCCUAUCCAUUGAUGGGGAGGAUGGAGCAUUUGACAUGCUUCUCGGGAAAACAACUUUGUUUCCUCCAAGUAUACUGUUAGAACAUGAUGUUCCUGUAUACAAGGCUGUACAAAAGCCAGGGGAAUUCGUAAUUACUUUCCCUCGAGCAUAUCAUGCUGGUUUUAGUCACGGUUUUAACUGUGGGGAGGCUGUGAACUUUGCAAUCGGUGACUGGUUUCCUCUGGGGGCUGUAGCCAGCCGCCGUUAUGCUUUUCUCAACAGAAUGCCUAUGCUUCCACAUGAGGAGCUUCUGUGUAAAGAGGCAAUGUUUCUUUAUACCAGUUUAGAACUUGAAGACCCAGAUUAUUCUUCUACAGACUUGAGCUCUCAACAUUGUGUUAAGGUUUCUUUUGUGAAACUUAUGCGUUUCCAGCAUUGUGCUCGUCGGUCUCUUAUGAAAUCAUGGGGAUGUAUCAGUCUUUCUUCGAAUCCCCAUGGAACAAUUCUAUGCACUUUAUGCAAACGAGAUUGUUACGUAGCUUUCCUUAACUGCAGCUGUUGCUUGCAUCCAGUGUGUCUGCACCAUGCUAUGGAGUCCCUUGAGUUCUCAUGUGGGAGAAGUCGUACUUUGUUUUUGAGGAAUGACAUUUUAGAAAUGGAAGCUGCGGCAAAGAAGUUUGAGCAGGAAGAUGGAAUAUUAGAGGAGAUUUUGCCGCUAGCUAAAAGUGAUGAUGAUUUGUACACAUAUCCUGCACCGUAUUCAUGCCAGGGAUUUGCUGAGGAAGGAUAUGCUCCCUAUUGUGGGGUUAAAUUUUCUAUGAAUGAGAAUUCUACUCUGGCUAAUUCAGCGGAGCCAAUUCAUCGCCAGCAUACACUGAACCAUAGCACAAGAAAAUUUAGACCUGAAACUUCAGACCCCUCCACUGCUUGUGCAGAUUGGAGUUUAGAGCCUUUUGGAAUGUCAUCUAUGCCCAGAAAUGAGUAUCCGGUGCGAGCUAACUUGGGGAGUACUGAUUCUAAGACGUUCUCUGAAGAAAUAUCACAUUGCACAUAUGAUUCUUCUCUAUCCUCCCUUUCACGAGAUGAAUGCUCGAGUACACAGCAAAGAAAUUAUGUAUCAGAGCCUAAGGCUAGUAUGGAUCAAGAUAGUGACGGUUCUGAUUCAGAGAUAUUUAGAGUCAAACGGCGUUCAUCGUUGAAAGUGGAUAAGAGAAAUGCUAAUAAUGUCAUAUCAUCGAAGAGUUCUGAAUACCAGGGGCUUAAAAGAUUGAAGAAACUUCUACCUGAAGUAAGGAGUGAGCAAUCAAUGUCAUCAGAGUGCCAAAGAACUGCUGGACUAACCUGCAAUUCCACUUUUAGCUUUAAAGAGGGUCGGAAGGACAGGCUUGCUAAUGGAAGUAUGAUUCCUAUGUCUAUUAAGUUCAAAAAGUUGGCAAAUGAUGAACCGAGUAGAAAGCAAGAACGCAGUAGAGUAGACAGGUUCCAGCUUGAGUUGGGGAAGAAGAUCAUGAAGUAUGAUUCCUCAUUUUUAGGCUCGGAGAGAAAGAUAUAAAUUGGUCCUUGGGUAAAAAAUGACGAUAAAUCUGGCUGACAUGCCUCUGGAGCAAUGUCUUGAGGCUGACAUGCUAAUGGGGGUUCUAACGAACAACACGGUAAGUGUGCAAGAUCUGUUUGGGGAGCAGUGGCUAAAAUUAACCGACUUUAGGGCAAAAUUUUUAUUCUCUGUAGGGCCUCAAAUUGGGUGCCUUCCACGGAAUGUAUUUUUGGGUUCUCUGGCCAGGGUAUUUUUCCUUCGAUGUAAAUUUGCCAUUAGCAGUCCAAUUAAUUCUUACGCAGGAAAGUGGGUAUUUCCACUUCUCCAUUUAACAUCAGUCUGCUGCUGCCACCCUUGACUGACUUUCUUCAUUCUUUUGGUAGCAAGUGACUACUCGAAUAAAUACGCGAGAAAUGCUUCUUCUUUUUU